UUAUCAUUUAUAAUAAUUACGUAGAUAAGAGUAAACUCACUCAAAACUUGGUAGUAUCAUUAAAAAGUUGAGCGCAUUUUAAUGUUAAGCAAAAACGGAAUUUGAACACCAUGGAACACAAAGAGAAGGAGUCGAUACGGGAUUUUUAUUUGGAGGAAAUUCGGGACGUAGAAUCAACGAUCCAAAUGAAGGCUCUGAAGAGCACGACAAACGUUGCUGUGACCUUGGGGGAGCACAUAACCAGGCAAGACCUGCUACCAGCGCUGGAGGAAAUAUCCAGAACCACCACCGACGAGGAGGUCAUGAUUUGUUUGGCGGAGCAGAUCAAAAAUCUAGCUGGGCACGUUGGUGGUUUGGAUCACACCAUUUUCCUGGUGAAAAUCCUCUGGAAUUUGACGAGCAACGACGAAAAACUCGUCAGGAUUGCCCUGAUUGACGCCAUAAAGGAAAUCACCAAAGAAUACACCAUCGAUAUGAAUAAGGAAGUCUUUUUACCCUUGUUGUUGGAGCUUACGAAUAAGGAAUGGGCUUUCAGCAAAAGAACUGCCUUUGAACUCAUUGCAAAUACAUAUCUAAAUUUUGAUGAAGACAGCCGGUUGGUACUAAGGGAGAUUCUAAAAACAGGCCUCACCGAUGAUUCACCAAUUAUAAGAAAAUCUUCUGUUGAAAGUAUAGAAGAAGUGAUAAAUAAAGAAAAACCAAAUAUAAUUUUAAGAGAUUUAAUUGAAUGCCUUAAUGUUGUAUCAGUAGACGAUAUGGACACAGUUAGAAUCUACACAAUACCACUAUGCAUAGCAAUCGGAAACAAAUUAAACAAAGAAGAAUACUUAAAGUACAUACAACCAGUAUUAGAAACUAUUAAAGAUGAUGCUUCAUGGAAGAUCCACCACAUGAUGUCUCUUAAAAUACCACAUCUCCUGAACUCUUCGGAAGGUGAAGAUCAUUUAAACUACACCCAAAACAUCAUGUUUUCGCUCCUGGCACACUCAGAGUUGGAAGUGCAGGUAGCAGCGGUGGAAAACUUAUUUUUGUUCUAUCAAACCGCCAAACAGCAUUGCGAACGUUGCGACAAAGAUUUCGAUAAGUGCUUUCAAGACGAAAUCGUUCGUGUUGUCAUAGAGUUGAUUGGUAGCCCUUCUUCCGACAUCAGAGUGGCUUUGUCGGAGAUUAUUAUAUCGUUUGGUGGUAUUUUAUCCAAAGACACCUUCCAGAACAGUAUUCUUCCGAACAUAGUGGACUGGAUGUUGGCGGAAGACAAGAUGACCGUCCAAGAAAACAUUCUGCUGAACCUGAACAAAAUUCCUCAAACUGUUGAUGUUAGUUUACUAUCUGGAUCCAUUAAAGAAAUAAUUCUAAAUUUAUUCGGGAAGUCUAACUUACACUGGAGGUGCAGGUUAAACAUCCUUCUGGUGUUAACGUAUUUUACAAAGUUUAUGACCAAAGAAGAAUUCGACGAAAACCUAAAGUUGUUUUUGUCGACUCUAAUAAACGACAAAAUAUUCGCUGUAAGAAGAACCACGCCUUUGUUACUGCCAAUUUUGUCCAAAACGUAUGGUAUUAAAUGGGUUUCGGAGAAAAUUGUGCCAAAUUUCAUGAUGUUCACCACCGAUACAAGAUAUCGAUUCAACUACCUACCGUUGUAUUGCAUAAAUGAAUUAAUACAUCCUACAUUACAGCGUAGCAUUGAAAAAUACCUGAACGAGUACAAGGAAAAAAUUGAAAGCCCUGCAGUGUUGAAAAGCCUCUAUAAAAUUUCAAAGCUCUUCAACAAAAUCAAGGUUAAGUUAGAGGAAGAUCAUUUACAGAAAGCCCUAACGUUGGAAGUACCGAAAUAUUUGCUUGGAUGCGAUAUGCAACUCUACGCUGAAGGUACCUUCACAACUCUUAAAGAAAAUUAUUCGGGUAACUUUUAUGCCAUCGAUGAAAAUGACUGCCAAUACCUUGAAGGCAUUCUCUUGUUGAUACACAGGGAUUUCCUUGACUCCAUCUUGCACCUCUGCGAGUCAAAUGUGGAGAACAUCAAAAUUUACACCAAGCAUACUUUAAAAAAUAUCAAGAAGUUUUUGGAGAAACUCAACACAGAGUUUAAUCAACCUUGGAUCAAAGAGGCUUUAAACAAAAUACCCGUGGAUGAAGCCGCAAAAUUUCAGGAGGAAAUCGAGGAAAUCCUCAGCAAAAAAAUCGACUACGACGAUGUGGUAUUAAAUUUAGUUGACGUAAGCGCUGAGUUGCCAAAUUUAGGUCACACACCGUCAUUGCAAAUCAACAAUGAAGGGCUUACCAAGUUUAGUACUGAAUUUAACCUAGUGAAGAAGAUCGAGAACUCCAUAGACGAUAAUGAAGUUGAGGGUAAAAGUUUUUCCGAUGAUGUUCUUGAUGAACUCAACUCAAUUAUUGCAAAGGAGGAAGGAAAAGAUAAAGCCGCAGAACAAAAGAUAACAAAUGAGGUCAAAGAAGACAGUGAUAUUAUGUUGGAUACAAAUGUUUGUAAAGAAGAUACAAAUAAUAACAUUUAGUGAACACAAAGUUUAAACUAUUAUUUAUUAUAGCUAUUACCCAUAUUUAUUUCCUGUAUUAUACUGUACUAUAUUAUAUUAUAUUUAAUAAAAACUUACCUUGUAGUUGAUAUAUUGUCAUUUGGUACUCCAAUAAUUUUUCGUCGACGUAAUCUUGCGAUUGGUUGGCGAUGAUUUCAGCAGUCGAAGGUCCUGCAUCCUCAUCAUCGUCCGGCGCGUAAUUUUGGGGCAGUGGCGGCGUUUCCAAGGGCGCACCGACGUAUUCGUAAUCGCGACUGGGGGGGCCGAAUUCCGGAACAGGGGAGUACGAUGUGUAAGGGUGAAUGCCGCGGAAAUAAACGUCAGGGGACCCGCGGUUGGGUGCUGGUGAGGGC